AUGUUUAUAAAACCAGAAACACCUUUCCAAGGCAAAGAGAGCAUCAAUUCUAGCAAUUCCAUUUUGCUUGGCCAACUCAUCAAGAACAUGUCUGAUGACAUUGAGAUUGCAUGCGAUCCAUCUGAUUCUAAAAGUUGCACAAAUAUGACUCCAAACUUCAGCGUACCAUUCUUGACAAUUCCGAACGAAACAGAAGCGUUUUUCAACUGGGAAAUCAUGGGCGAACGGCAAGACCCCCACGCUGCCGUCAUGACAUUCAUCUAUCUCGUCAUCCUGGUAACCGGUGUCAUCGGAAAUGUGUGCACGUGCAUUGUCAUAGCGCGGAACAGAUACAUGCACACGGCCACCAACUACUACUUAUUCAGUUUGGCCGUGAGUGACUUGUUGCUUCUCAUACUGGGCACUCCCCAAGACCUUAGUCACUUGUGGUCCAAGUAUCCUUAUCCUUUUGGCGAAAUCUUCUGCAUCGUGCGUGGCUGGUGCUCUGAGACUUCCACCAAUGCAUCCAUACUCACCAUAACAGCCUUCACGGUUGAGAGGUACCUAGCCAUAUGUCAUCCUCUGCGAGCCCAUACAAUGUCGAGUUUGUCCAGAGCCAUCAAGUUCAUCAUCGUCAUCUGGGUGAGCUCAGCCAUAGCAGCUAUCAGCAUGGGCUACCAGCUAGGCAUUGUCUACGAGAAGGACACCAGGGGGGAUGACGUCUUGGAAACGGCCACUUGCACCGUCAAGCGAUAUUUAAAGCAUGUGUUCGAGUGGUCAACUGGGUUGUUCUUCAUACUGCCUGCCACUUUGCUGUGCAUUCUGUACGCGCUUAUUGGCUUGCAGUUGAAGAGGUCUACUGAUAUGGGUGGUAAACAUGACGGUACAACAUCUAAUGUCAAUGGCACUCCGAAAGCUCUGAAUGCUCACGGAAGAGCCCCGAGCCGAAAGAGUUCGUCUGCUUCUCGAAAAGACGUCAUCAAAAUGUUGGGUGAGUCUUUUUAA